GCCAGGUGAUGUGAUUAGAACUGAAGGGGUGUUUUGGAUGUCAUAUGCAGUGCUCUGACGAGAGUGAGCCUCUUUUAACCCUACAGGAACGUUCAGAUCUUAUAAACGCAGAGUUCACCCCUCCUUUCGUCUCCUGUGAUCCUAAGUUACUGUCCGUCUUCGUGGUAGCCUUCGACACCAGAGCAGGGAAUGUGGUGGAAUGGAAGUACCCAGAAAGUUACUCCCUGACAGGGGUAGAGUUCAAGGCCCUCCCCAGUGGAGCUCACAACGUUCAACACGAUGUCAUGAUAUUCGAGUUGGCUAAUAACUUUGGUUUAGCAGCUUAUAUCAUGAAACAGGUCGACAACACAGCAGAGCGAGGUGCGCGUAUGAAGAGUGUAGGAGUAAUAACCUCCAACUAUCUGGCCCUCUGCCAGCACGAAGAGAGACUUGUAGAAUUAGCACACGACAGUGUGGAGCACCCUGGCGCGUACGAGCAACUCAUUCAGUACUUUGCAGAGUUUAACCAGGGUUGUAGUGUGCCUGUGUCUCUGGAGAUGAAGGCUAAUAGUGUGGGCAGUAUGUACGAUCUCUUUAAGUCUCAAGGCGUACAGAUAUUCACACUGUGGAAGAUGUUACUAUUGAAGAAGAGGAUUCUCCUCCAAUGUACUCCUCCAAUCUCCAGACAGUGUAGCUACGUGAUAUGUCUGGCUGCUAUCUGUCACUCUCAGUUCACUCAGAGCAACCCUCUUUUCUAUGUUACCGUAAACGACAUGACAACGUUAAACUACAAGCAGUCCUACAUAGCCUGCUCAGCUGACAUGAUCCUUAAAACUAAAGGUUCGCAGGUGUAUGACGUGUACGUGACAGGAAGUGCGGUGGUAGAUCCAAAAGGGGAGAUGUUUCCUGUGACCAGGGGAGAUAUUAUCAGAUACAACCAACUCUGUGGCGCAGUAGACAAGGAGUACGGCAAGAAGAACACAUCAGAAGUAGAUAGGUUAAUACAGGGCUACUUCAGUGUACUUACCACGGACCUGUUCAACACUCUCACUAAUCUCAUGACUGGAAGUAGAGGCUUGCAGCCUGACGAUCUUAAAGAUAUCCGGUUACACAACAGUGAUUUACCUUACCUGCAAACGUUAGUAGACAAGCUAGGAUACGAUGUGGAACUCUUCUCUCCAAGUUGCUGUGAAGAGCACUUCUCGUCCCUGAUCUAACAUUCUUUUAACACUCUGUUAUUUAACACACAUUGCAUUCCUGUUAGCACAGAUAACAGAUUUAUAACUGUGUUAGAUAAGCUGUUGACUAGAUAAGCUGUAUUAUAAUGAAGACUGUAAAUUGUAUAGAACACGGUGUUUGUUGUACUGUUUAUUGUACUGCACACAGUUUAUUAUUGUCCUCCAAAUGUUCACUGUUUUACCUGUUAUUUGCAAACCCUAUCAAUUAGUACAACCUUGGACUAUAAUUAUCACGUUCCUUUUGUGUUCCUCAUCUUUGUUUUAUAUAUGGUAACAAGUAAAUUUUAUCAAAUUAUAGGAGUAGACAUUAGUCCUGUUAUUUAUCUACUAACUCUUAUACUAUUACAGUCACUAUAGCAAGUUUCUUAGUUUUACGGUCUUCUUGAAACUGACACCCGUAACACCACUGGGUUAAGAGAAGGUAGAGAAUACAGUGUUUUAGUUUGUUCGUGGCUAUCAUAAAUAAUAAAUAUGUAGGCCACAUUUUUGUUUCAUUCCUCGACCUGUCAGAUAUGGCCAAGGGUUUGUCAUCUUUAAACUGCGUGCAUAUCAUUUUAUUUUACAAAUAUAAAGAACUGAAUACUUGCGGGGAGGCGAGUUUAGAAACGUAACAGUGAUUGUUUGUUGGAAGCAGAAAGAGGUAUGUAAUGGUAUGUAAUGGUAUGUAAUGGUAUGUAAUGAUAUGUAAUGAUAUGUAAUGGUAUGUAAUGGUAUGUAAUGGUAUGUAAUGGUAUGUAAUGGUAUUCAAUGGUAUGUAAUAGUAUGUAAUGGUAUGUAAUGGUAUGUAAUGCAAAUGGUAUGUAAUGGUAUGUAAUGGUAUGUAAUGGUAUGUAAUGGUAUGUAAUGGUAUGUAAUGGUUCAUUCCCCGCCAGUAUUCAGAUCUAUUGGCUCUUCGAAAAUUUCAUGAUUGACUCAUAUUUAAUUAUUUAUUGUGAAUUGGAAACACGACAAUUUUGUAUUGAUUUUGUGUUAAAUCUCUAUUCCUGAAAUGAAUUUGUAAAGUUAUAUUAUCAACUUUUGUUUCAAUGUUUGAUAUUGUACAUGAUCUUUAACUGCCCCAUGCAAUAUUUGAUAUUAUGAUUUGUAAUUAAUUCUUGUUUUACUUUUACAUUAUGUCAA